AUGCCUACCUAGCAUCAUCAUCACCUUCAAGGACAAUCAGCAUUCACCUCAGACAAAAUCAAGUUAUACCCCUCACUUAUAUUCCUCCUACAAUCAGUCAUUUCAAAAUGGCUGUCAUAAAGAACUAUGUUUGCUCUGUUCAAGCUGACUGCAACAAAACCUUUACUAAAUAUAAUGACCUCAAGAAACAUGAGGCCGCACAUUCACCCAACGCUCACAUAUGUCGUUUCCCCGGCUGUGACUUUGCGACUUUGUCCAAAGCCAGCUUCGAAAUCCAUUCCGACAGGCACACUGGUGAACAGCGUUACAAAUGUCCGCACGGUUGUGGCUAUAAGACCCACAACCCUGCCGCACUGACUCGCCACCGCAAGAUAGAACAUGGGCAUCUUCCUCUUUCUCGCGGCGGUCGUACUGCUGCCACAUCCGCAUCACACAUGACCCCGUUGUCUGCAUCCCAGACAAUGCCCCAGCCGCAGCCCCAACCCCAGCCGCAGCUCCAGCCGCAGGCUCAGCCGCAGCUCUUGCCGCAGCUUCAACUUCAGGUCCAGCCUCAGCCUCAGCCCCAGCCCCCUCAGCAAAACAACUACAAUAACAUGCUGGGGGCCUUUUACGGUGGGCCCGCGAGGCCGGCCGCCAAUCCGUGGCAGCCCCCCGCCGCACCUUAUUCCUACCAAUACCACCCUUCGGUAGGAUACUUCUAUGGCCCGACAUAUCCCCAGAAUGGCUAUGCCGGGCUCGCGAACGCUGGCAAUGGGUUGAAUGCGGGCUACAUGUACCCGGGAUACAUGUAGAGGCCCCCUUACCAGAUGCCGGGGCGUGAUUAGUUCUCAUGAACUCAAUCAUCGUGCUCAACUGAAAUGACGUAAAUGUUGUCAAGGACUUUUAGUUUCCCGCAGGAACGUUCGAAACUGGGUAAAGUCAUGAACAGGACAAGGAAGAAGAUAAUACACAGCCUUAUGUAGGCUGUGGGAAGGUGGUGAAGAAUAUUGUAAUAUAUAUAUCACAUCUGCGAGUCAGAUUUAUGUCUGUAAAUGGUGUCGCGUAGAAUUAUGUUGUUGUCAUUUAAUUAGUGAAGUCAUAAUCAAAACCAUUUUGACUUC